ACGACUGCAAACUGCCCCGGGAAUGAGGAGCUGGACUUCAGACUGAUUUUCGGAGAGGACGGGCAGCAGCAGCCGUUAGGCCCCGCAGGAUGUGAGACAGACCGCCAGUGAUAUCAGAGAGACUGAUCUUGGCUAAUGAAAUCUCCAGAUGCCAGCAGUCACCACAACCUCUUAGUGACUAGUCAGGUUUGAUUUUGUCCUGUUAACAUGCUGUGACAUAUCGUGUACCUGCGGGUUUGUCUUUGUCUUGCUUAGAAAUGAAGGUAUGUCAAGGCACAUUUUUAGCGUAAUGAAAUGAUUAAACUGAGAGCAGCUAGUGGAGAAAGAAUUGUUGCCCCCUUGUCUAUAAUGUUGUCAUUGCUCUGCUUCUCUGAACCAAGAGCACGAUCCUCUCAGUCCUUGUCGUGGGAAAGACUGAAAUUACAUCGCUCUCAUGGUGGACUAUUUUGAGCUCCCAAAGAGAGUGGCAGAGGGCAGGCGGCAGGUUCUAGUGACUCGUUUGUACUUAGUGCAGGAGAACCCCUCUCGUCCCAGCACGUCUACAGCCUUCAACUUUGUACUGCUCAAGCACUUUGUGAUCUUAACGAGGAGAGGAGUGGAAGGAUGCUGUGUGCCACGUCGCCAGGUGAGUGUGUGGGCACUCCCAGACUCUAGCCAGAUCUGGAGCCUGAUGACAACACGUCGUUCUACAUCCUAAAUGUGGGCCAGCCCCAGUCUAUGGUCACCAACCACCAGUCUAUUGGCCUGCCUCGUCAUGGCAUGCAGUCCCACUCCCAGAUCAUCAGCACUUCCCCACGCCUUCACUCACACAAACCAGGAUCUGUGCCUCCGGGCUAUGGGGCACAUGACUCCAAGUAUGGCACCUCCCCUCUGCUGCCCUCUGCUCCUGUGGAGGCACCAAAGGCCUUUGAGUGCCCCAGUAUCCAGAUCACCUCCAUCUCCCCCAGCUGCCAGCAGGAGAUGGAUGCCAGUGAGGAGGAUCUGAGGGCCAAUGUCCCUGAUGGGGACUACCACGGUGAUAGGCCCCUGUCCAGAGACCACCUGUAUUUGCCCCUGGACCACUCAUACCGGGACUCUUCGCUUAGCCCUAGUCCGUGCAGCAGCCUCUCCUCUAGGAGCUGGUUCUCUGAUGCCUCCUCCUGUGAAUCAUUCUCACACGUCUAUGACGAUGUUGACUCCGAGCUAAAUGAAGCGGCUGCCCGGUUCACCCUGGGCUCCCCGCUUACUUCCCCAGGCUGUGUAUCCCCUCAAACCAGUGGUGGGCUUUUGGAGGAGCAGCCCCACUGGCAGCACCAUCACCCCGCCUUUGUGCACCACUCCCACUCCAUCAGCCUGUCACCCCGACAGUCCCCCUGUCACUCUCCACGCACUAGUGUCACUGAUGAAAAUUGGCUUAGCCCGAGGCCACCUUCCAGGCCUUCCUCACGUCCCACCUCACCCUGUGGCAAGAGGCGCCACUCUAGCGCCGACAUCUGCUACCCCGUCUCAUUGUCUCCUCAUCACUCACCCACACCCACGCCAGGACCUUCACCUAGGAGCAGCGUGACAGAGGACACCUGGGUUGGCAGUCCCUCUGUAGGCAUGUCACCCUUCCAGUGCUGCCCAUCUGAGGCAGACAUCCCAUCCAAGACAAGGAAGACCUCACAAGACAGAACUUCUAUGCAGACUGGUAAAGGGGAGCUGGGGCUAGAUGACCAAGGAAAUAUGUCUCCUAAUCUAGACUCUCCUUCAGACGAGGGCCUGCACAGCCUGAAGAAAGAUGGUCCCGGGGAACAGUUCCUCUCAGUGCCCUCUCACUUCUCAUGGAAUAAACCUAAACCCGGUCACACACCUAUAUUCAGGACCUCCUCACUGCCUCCUUUAGAUUGGCCGCUGCCAAGCCAAUUUGGCCAGUAUGACCUGAAGAUAGAGGUUCAACCCAAAGCCCACCACCGAGCGCACUAUGAGACUGAGGGCAGCCGAGGAGCCGUCAAAGCAGCAUCUGGUGGCCACCCAAUCGUCAAGCUCAUUGGCUACAGUGAGAAGCCCAUCAACCUGCAGAUGUUCAUCGGAACAGCAGACGACCGGUACUUGAGGCCACACGCCUUCUACCAGGUGCACCGGAUCACCGGGAAAACCGUAGCCACAGCCAGCCAAGAAAUUGUAGUCUCCAGCACCAAAGUUCUCGAAAUUCCUCUUCUGCCUGAAAACAACAUGUCAGCCAGUAUCGACUGUGCUGGCAUCCUUAAGCUGCGGAACUCAGACAUUGAGCUGCGGAAGGGGGAGACGGAUAUAGGAAGAAAGAACACACGGGUCCGUGUGGUGUUCCGAGUGCACAUCCCUCAAUCCAACGGGAAGGUGCUGUCGCUGCAGGCUACCUCUAUUCCUGUGGAGUGCUCCCAGCGUUCGGCUCAGGAGCUGCCCCAAGUUGAGAAAUCCAGCCUGACCAGCUGUCUGGUCAGCGGGGGAGAAGAGAUGGUCAUCACCGGCUCCAACUUCUUCCCAGAGUCCAAAGUCAUCUUCCUGGAGAAAGGUCCUGAUGGACGACCACAAUGGGAAGUUGAGGCAAAAAUAAUGCGUGAGAAAACUCAAGGAUCCUGCAUCGUGGUGGAGGUCCCUCCCUACCACAGUAAGUCUGUGGGCUCAGCUGUGCAGGUGCAGUUUUAUGUCUGCAAUGGCAAGCGGAAAAGGAGCCAAUCGCAACGCUUCACUUACCUUUCAGUCAUGGUGAAACAGGAGCACAGAGAAGAGCUGGACCUUUCUGCAGUACCCCCUAUGGCCAUGCCCCUGGCACAUGCUGCCAGUCUGGUGCGCACCCAGCUGCCUUCUCCUGAGCAGUGCCACCCAUCGGACAACCUUCUGUCCAGCUCCCCUCACGGCCUGGCCACCGGCUCCGGACCUGGCCUGCUACCCCUGCAGGCCCCCUGCCCCUCCCUGGGCUCCCCGUCUUUCCAGCACCUGCCUCACCUCCAGGGUCGCAGCUUGCACCACCCCCCUGCCGACUGCCACAUGACGUUCCACCCGGGCUCUGCCCCUUCUCCUCUUCCGGCUCCCCCCCGGCCCUCCUACCAGCCUAUGCAGCACAGCCACAGUCAUAGUCAUAGCCUGCCCUUCAAUGGCCAGUCCAGCCUCCCUCCUCAGGGCUACGACAGGAUGCCUUUUCAGCACAGCCCCAGUGAGGCGUCACACCCAAUGAGCAUGGGAAUGGUGUACCCUUCUUCCCCUUGCUCCUCACCAUCAGCUCCUUCCUCUUCAACCACCAACCCCAUUGCUGGGUCUCCCCAGAGCCAGCAACCCCUGCUCUCCCCUUCAUCCCCACACCUGCACACACUCGGAGGCUAUCACUGCUCCCCAAAUCCAACCCAGGUGCCCUCUCCGGGUGGCCACCCCCUCGUGGGGCCUCACUCUUCCCAACUGCAGAGGGCUAUGAGCUACCACCCGGUAAGUCAAAGGUCAGCCUCUUGUCCCACACCGCCCAGCGCCCCUGCUCCAAGGAUGAUCCCCUCACCCCACUCUGGGCCUUCCUCCCCUCAGCUCCACUCGCUGCCCUACCAGUCUCCCACCUCAUCCUCCCCCACCUCUUGUGGCAGUCCUCUGGGGCCCGUGCAACAGCAGCAUUCAGGACAGCGUUCCCCCCAGGCUACAAGUCCGGUCAUGGCCAGCCUGUCCCCGGUGGCUGCCGGGCCUCUGGGUCACCCUCUAAGCCCGCAGGGACCCUUCCCCUCAGACGGAGAGAGGCUGAACAUCAAAGAGGAGCCAGAGGAGAGGGAGCCCACCUUCCGCUCCAUCGGCCUACAGGACAUCACGCUGGACGAUGUGAAUGAAAUCAUCGGCAGAGACAUGUCCCAGUCCCCCAGCACUCGUGGUCCUCCAGCAGCACACAGCCAGUCAUAGCCCAGCCAACACUUAGGCCCCGACACAGGCUUUUGGGACAUGACCCCACCCCUCACCCCCCCACCCCCUCCAGUUCUUGACCCCGGACCCCCCCAGUCCUGGUCAGGGACAAGAGGGCAGGACGAGACAAGAGACCGUGGUCAAAGACAGAAUACGGUUUGGAGAUUCUGUCUCCAAACCGCUCAUGGACCUGCUCCACCACCAGCCGGACAAGAAGACACUCUCGCUGGCCUCCUCCGAUUUCAUUUAAAAACGAUUUAGCUUAUUUAGAGAUAUAGAUACAGAACUCGCAACCCCACACAGAGUAAAGAGAACGGUGAGCGGGGGGAUAGGAGCAUGUGGAGUUUAAAAUGAGCGAGGUUAAGAUGGUUGGAGAAUAAGACGCGACCCCCGUCCCUCUUCAUUAGGUGGGUGCCUGCCCUCUCAAAGCACCGCUGUCUUCCUGACCAAUCAGCUGUCCGUGACUCUGGAGCACUCGCUUUUUGAAGAACUCUCUCUCUCUCUCUCUCUCUCUCUCUCUCUCUCUCUCGCAGAGACAAUACAACAAGCGUGUGUUGUCCUCCCCCUGUCACCAGCAUCGGCCUUCGUCAGCGAAGACAUCUUGAGACAUAUAAGAAUCAGAGAAAACUCCGGAGUGCACAGUGCUCUCUCACGGGAAGCCAGAGCUGGGAUUCCGUUACUCCUGUAACUAAUCACACUUGGAAGUUAGAGAUGAGAAAUUCGUUUGCUGUAAAAUUGGAUUGCCAAAUUCAACUCCAAACCACCCUGAAGGAUCAGAAUUUCAAUUAUUAGCUUAAAAAAAAAGUAAGAAUUUUGAGUAUCUGGCUGAACACUCUUGGCUCAGUGAUGACGACACCGUCCGCUCCUUGUUUUUGUCCCUUUCAAGAUGAUACAACCAUUCAGGUUCCGGAGUGCAGGGACCCAGCGGGGAGGACGAGCUCCUCUGCCGCUGGUCUGGGAUCUGCAGCCUGCAACAUUCCACAACUUUUAGCAACCUUUCAGCCGUGUAGAUAUCUGUACAUGAAUCCCCUUCUCUCUUCCUCCUUUUGUCUCUUGUGUUAUCCUCAUUUACGACCUCCCUCUCCUGUAUUUCUUUAUCUUCUUCAAGUUGAACAAAUGCCUUAUUAACACUUCGCAGCUUUGAAUGGUAGCUAAAGCUUUUUUUGUUGUUGCUCUUUUGCACAGCUGGCUUUGAGUGUGACUAUAAUAAUGUUUCGGAAACACGAUUUUAUGAAUCCUAAAGAGGGACAUGUGGGGUUUAAGGACUGAGUUACCCCUUUCAUUUUUCAUUCAGAGAUAUUUGAAGAUGCCCCUUUAUUUUCCAGGUUACAGAGAAGUGUUUUUAUUAAUCCACAGAGACAGACGUCUCUGCCUCUGAAAUUUCUUCUCAUGCAAUAACUCUCCAAAUCUCCCAGGGGCCCUUGUGUGCCUUUGAAUUCCUGACAGCCACCAUACCUGUGACGGUAUGACGAUAUAAUGGGAAAGUAUAUUUAUACUUAAAGAUGUUUAUAUAUUACAUGUAUGUGGUGUUCCCCCUCUUUAACGAACAAGGUAAAAAUGACAAAUCCCAAAGUAGGGAGAACAUCUGGAUGCACUUCCCUUGUUUGCCACAGUCUAUGUUUGCUGUUCACAAUCAAACACUUCUCCUCUCAUUGUCUCCAGAAAGGUGUCUAUUCACGAUGAUGUAUUCAUAUUUCUUAUUCUGACAGAUAUGCAGUGCCUGUACGGCAGCAAUAACACAGUCUCGAGUAAAGAGCGUCUUCAGGCAGGUUUCUGGCGUGGACAGAUUCCCAUUGGUUUGGUUUUUUUUGCCUUAAGCUUGACAAUAAUGCUCCUGCAUGAGAGAGCUGAGGAGUGUUGCUUAUGACGGUUUGAAGUCAGUUUCCAGGUGACAGUUUCCAAAAAAUGAUUCUGCUAUGCAUUAUAAUUCUGCUAAUGCCUUUUAAAAUGGUUAAAAAAAAAAAACAACAACAAAAAAAAAAGACCUUGAUGCCUCUACGUAGAAGUAGACUGUAGACUGUAGACUUGUUGUAGAUGCUUGAUUGAGUCUGUUAGCAUUCUGGAGUUGUCCAUCAGCCAAUCUGCCUUGUCAAGGACAGUGCGAGCAUUUUAAUAAAUUCAGUUGUGUGUGUGUGUGUGGGGGAUAAAUGGUUGGUUGGUGUUUGUACCAAAUAUGCUGUACAGAAGACAGGAACUCUUAAGAGUCCUGUUUUCAACAACAGAAGCACACACAUGCAUUUAGGCUAUGCAAACUAUAAGAGCAGCAAAUGUGAGAUAUGACAAUGAAUAUGAAAAACGAGAUUAUAAACUACUUGUAAUGUUGCCUAUGAACUUUACAGAGCGGAAAAGAAAAAAUGAAUAUUCAGAUAGUGAGAGUAUCAUGUCACUAUGUAAACAGUUAGGAUGCCUUAACUCUUGUUUGAAAACCAGUUUGUCAGUGUGUCUGUAUGCUGGGUUGAUUUUUUUUUCUAUAACUAUUAUUAUUUUACUUGUUUUUUGGAGGGGGGGGAGGGGACACUGUGUGGACAUUGAGGGUUCGGUGGGAGGAGGGAUAUGUCUUUUUUUUUUUUUUUUUUUUUUUGCAUAUGAAGCUGGUUCUGCAGUUUGAAAGACAAAACAAAACCAGCAUUGACAGUAAACUCUGGCUGCCGUACUCGUCUGUCCCAACCAAAGACCGAACAAUAUGUUCCCAUUUUACAUUAUGGUAAA